AUGUCCGAUCAAGACGUUAAUCCAAGCAAAUACAACAAAUUGCGAAGUACCUACAAGUACUAUAUCGAUUCGUAUCUUGCAUUGUAUCAGCUAAAAACAGAAAACGAAGGAGAAUUAAACAAGAUUUACAAGAUGAUCAAAACAGAAUUGAUCGAUUCAAAGAAAUAUCCACCUCAAAUAAUUAUGAAAGAUAUUUUACGUAUCAUUCCGUACAACAAUCGCUAUGCAAAGUCAUAUUUAUUUCUUGCCAAACUCAUUUACGAUGAAUAUCAUGUGGAAGAAGUCAACAAUCUCGAAUUUAUUCCAAACUUCCUGUUUUAUAAAGAAUAUGGAGUUAAAUUAGACAAAUCUGCCGAUUUUGAAAAAGAUCAUUCAGGAAAUCUCGAUAUUCAUGAAGAGAAUACAAUUUACAGAGCAAUUAUGAAUAAUGACUUAGAAGUAUUCAUUUCAUUCACUGAAAGAGAAGGAUUUGCUGUAAAUCAAACACUUAGAAGUAGUUUAUAUCCAUAUUCUUACUAUGGAUAUUCAUUACUUGAAUUAUGUUGCUACCAUGGAGCAGUUGAUUGUUUCAAGUUAUUAAGAACAAAAUUCAGUUCAGAAAUAACUCAAUUAUGUCUACAAUUUUCAUUUUUAAGGGGAAACAAAGAAAUCAUUAGUGAAUGUUUGAAAUAUCAAAAACCAUAUACGGAUUGCAUAGAAUAUGCAAUAAUUUCACACAACAUAGAUUUUAUUACAUUCUUGGUGAAUGAAUACAAUAUAGAGAUCAAUUUAGAAUAUUGUGGACUAUACAAUAAUCUUGAAUCCUUUUUAGUUUAUUUCGAUCAAACUAAUGAUAUAAACAAAUGCUUUGUUUAUUCAUCAAUGUUUAGUAUUCCGUCCCUCUUGGAAUACUUCCUUUCACAUGGUGCUAAUAUCAAUGGAAAAAAUAAAAAUGGAGAAACCGCACUUCAUACUGCAGCAUGGAAAAAUAGUAAAGAAACUGCUGAAUUUCUCAUUUCACAUGGUGCUAAUAUCAAUGAAAAAGAUAAAAACGGAAGAACCGCACUUCAUGCGGCAGCAUAUAAUAAUAGUAAAGAAACAGCUGAAUUUCUCAUUUCACAUGGUGCUAAUAUCAAUGAAAAAGAUGAAAACGGGAAAACCGCACUUCAUUUUGCAGCAUAUAAUAAUAGUAAAGAAACAGCUGAAUUGCUUAUUUCACAUGGUGCUAAUAUCAAUGAAAAAGAUAAUUUUGGAAACACCGCACUUCAUUCUGCAGCAUGGAAAAAUAGUAAAGAAAUUGCCGAAUUUCUCAUUUCACAUGGUGCUAAUAUCAAUGAAAAAGAUAAAAACGGAAGAACCGCACUUCAUACGGCAGCAUAUAAUAAUAGUAAAGAAACAGCUGAAUUGCUUAUUUCACAUGGUGCUAAUAUCAAUGAAAAAGAUGAAAACGGGAAAACCGCACUUCAUAUGGCAGCAGAGGAAAAUAGUAAAGAAAUUGCCGCAUUACUUAUUUCACAUGGUAUAAAUAUCAAUGAAAAAGAUAAUUUUGGAAACACCGCACUUCAUUCUGCAGCAUAUAAUAAUAGUAAAGAAACAGCUGAAUUUCUCAUUUCACAUGGUGCUAAUAUCAAUGAAAAAGAUAAAAACGGAAGAACCGCACUUCAUACGGCAGCAUAUAAUAAUAGUAAAGAAACAGCUGAAUUGCUUAUUUCACAUGGUGCUAAUAUCAAUGAAAAAGAUAAUUUUGGAAACACCGCACUUCAUAUGGCAGCAGAGGAAAAUAGUAAAGAAAUUGCCGCAUUACUUAUUUCACAUGGUAUAAAUAUCAAUGAAAAAGAUAAUUUUGGAAACACCGCACUUCAUUCUGCAGCAUAUAAUAAUAGUAAAGAAACAGCUGAAUUGCUUAUUUCACAUGGUGCUAAUAUCAAUGAAAAAGAUAAAAACGGAAAAACCGCACUUCGUAUUGCAAAAAUAUAG